UCUUCCCUAAACAAAAACAAAGGAAAUGACAACGUGGUGUUUUGUUCAUAUGUUUUUUUUCUAGUUUGUGUUGUUGCGAACCCGUCCCACCGAAUGCCAACUUUUUCUUUUCACACGGGCACUUAAGCAACGCGCCUCGUCGCCGACGGUACCUGAAGGCAGCGCGGCUGACGGCGUGAAGGAAACUCCCAGCUUCUCGAGUCCCAACCGCCUACCCAUGAAAACACUGGAUAAAACCACAGACGGGUUAACGCCAGAGCGUGGUGGUAAACUCUACGAUUUAAAGAGAAGCCCGUACCAUUUCAGUGCUGCAGCACGUGUGGGGGAAGAGCCGUAGGAGGCCGCUGGGGUUCACCUGCAAUCUGUUGGCCUUGGCCCCCCCCCUCUCCCCUCCACCCCAAUCCCAACCCAGAGUGGCCCUGCGGCCUACCUUCUCCCCGCAUCACUUCAAGAGGAGACUGGGCUCCCUCUGGGUGGAAGACACACCAUGUGCCAACACCGGAGAGGACCUCCCCCUGCCCCGUAGACCCCCCCGCCUCCAGUGAACUUACCCUAGUCUGAGGACGCCCAUUCUCCGCAUUGCCCGCUGGCCAAGAUGAAGAAGGUGGCGUCAUGGACUGCAGAGGACGUCUCUGACUGGCUGAGCAAAGAGGGGAUGCCGGAGUACGUCGACGCCCUCCGCCAGAGGGACGGCCCCGCUCUGCUCCGGCUCAACGAGGCCGACUUCCAGAUGCCGCCCAUCUCGCUGGUGUCGUCCGACGGCGGGCAGCAGCUGCUGGAGCGACUGGAGACCCUGCGGAUAGAGACUCACAUCGAGGCUCACAAAAAUGGCCACGCAAACGGGCAUGCCGGUGGGCUACCCAACGGGACUAGCAAGCCUCAGAGGAACGGCGCCGGGUUGAAGGCCACGAGGGAGAUGGUCCACAUCCACAUUCCCGCGGGUGACACUAUGCGGCCGUCGUUCCCUGCCGAGUGGGGGAAGACUGGCAUAGCGUUUGUCUACGCGGUGGUGUGCUUUGUGACCACCACUGUCGUCAUUUCAGUGGUCCACGAGAGGGUACCACCCAAGGAGCACACCCCACCGCUACCCGAUAAGUUCUUUGACUUGUUUGACCGGGUGGAGUGGGCCUUCUCCAUCUGUGAGAUUAACGGCAUGCUGCUGGUGGGACUCUGGCUGAUACAGUGGAUUCUACUCAAGCACAGGUCAAUUAUAGGCAGGCGCUUCUUUUUUGUUGUGGGCACACUCUAUCUGUACCGGUGUAUUACAAUGUACAUCACCACUCUGCCUGUUCCAGGCAUGCACUUCAAAUGCUCUCCAAAGCUUCUCGGGAACUGGGAGGUACAGAUGAGGAGGAUAAUGAAGAUGAUUGCCGGCGGAGGCCUAUCCAUCACAGGCUCCCACACCAUGUGUGGAGAUUAUCUGUAUAGUGGCCACACCGUCAUGUUGACUCUAACAUACCUCUUCAUCAAGGAGUAUUCCCCAAAGCGGUUCUGGUGGUACCACUGGCUUUGCUGGAGCUUGAGCGCUGUGGGGAUUUUCUGCAUCCUUCUGGCCCAUGACCACUACACUGUGGAUGUGGUGGUCGCAUACUUCAUCACUACACGUCUCUUUUGGUGGUACCACACUAUGGCCAACCAGCAGACGCUGAAGGAGACGUCACAGAGCAAUUUGUUCUCACGCGUUUGGUGGUACAGACUGUUCCAGUAUUUCGAGGAGAACGUCAACGGCACGGUCCCUCGCAACUAUCAGCUGCCGUCAUGGCGAUCGUUGCAUUGGAGCCGCGGCGUGAAGUACAGCAAACUGGACAUCCAAUGACCCCGCCCCCCUUCCAACACCCCCUUUACCCCCUAUCCCAGCAAAGCAAGCAAGGACUAUAACUUCCAUAAGUGCUGUUUUCACCCACGGAAGAUGGCACCGUUAACCGUAGCGCUGUCCCUUCCCCCAGUCUGGAUGGGUAGCACUGUGACCCGCCUCCUUUCUCUCUGGUUUACUUUGGUUUUUUGUUAUUCCCCCGUCCGUCCUCUUCCCUCCAUCCCGCAGCACUAAUUAAUAUUUGUUUAGUGGGAUUUUCCUUGCCGUGGGCCACACGGCGGUUAAUGAAGCAUUUCAACAAAAAACGCCCCCCCCAACCUCCUCUGCACAAAACUAUAGUUAAUGUCCUCAUGUUCUUACAAGAAUUUUAGUGUCAAUCAUUUGAUAACCAAAAUGCCAUUAGCAUUUUUUUUCCUUUUUUUAAUUUUUUUUUUAUAGCAAAUUACUUUUUGUAAACUGUCCUUGCUAAAAUGAGUCAACGGUGCAAAAAAUAUUUUUUUUUUUAGUAUUUCAAACUUUAUUUUUCAAAAAUAAAUGAUGUCCAACAAAAGAUUUUUAGAUUUUUACCUUUUUCAAGAUGGAUAACUGAGAGCAUAAGAAAUUUAAUGUGGUGUAAUUCCAGUGCCUUUCUAGCUUGAUUGUAAAACAGUUCAAGUACUAUGUGUCUUGUGUGUCUCUGCUGCGGGUGUGCCGCGCCACGAGGUGGUAUUAGUUAACGGUCUCCUUCCCAUGAAUGUAAAAACAAAUACGCCAGCCUUAUCAGAAGAUUGGUUUUCACAAAAAGUAGGUGCAGUAAUUGAAAUUUCCCGUUUAUUUAUUGAUGCUUUAUGAUGUCACUUUGUGCUUAGUUGGAUAAUGCGGUUCUAGUGGAAAACAAAACGACUGUUAAUUUGUUUUUCUUUGGUUUUUCUGUGAUUUAUAAUUAUUAUUAUUUUUUUAAACCAAUCAGUCUUUAACAAACCAGCCAUGUUCAAAGCACGAUCAUUGAUGCUAGAUUGUCUGGUAGUUUAUUUUCCACCACUCUAUUAUUUGCUCUACAUCACUUGGAAGAAGACACGUCUCUAAGAUGCAGAGUUAAGUUACUCUGCACGUGGACUCGUCUCCGGUCCUCUCUUGUUCCCCACAUCGAGUCCCAUCUUGAAAUCAGAAUAAUCCUCAUUGUUGUCGGGCCUUGUAACCUUUGGGAUGGCGAUGACAUCUGGAGGCAACCAUUCACAGUAAACCCUCGUGUUGCGUUUACGGAACGUCAAAGUAUAAAAGAACUCCAAAAAAACAGAAGCUUCUCAGCAUGUCUGUAACUAAUCUGUGUGUGUGCUUUGUCACACACUGAAUCAAGCAACUACCUAUCAGUUUAAGUGCAAAGCCAAAAGAGGCAAAGGGCCAUCGUGGAACUCG